AAGUGUACUGGCCAAUUUGUCAUCCGAUCAGCUGGUCGCCAUGUGUUCCACGAAGACACCACGCAUUUUGUCAGUUCAGAGCCAUGUAGUAUCUGGAUACGUCGGCAACAAAAGUGCUACUUUUCCAUUGCAGCUGUUAGGUUUUGAAGUUGAUGCAAUCAACUCUGUACAAUUAUCCAAUCAUACUGGUUAUAAAGUGUUCAAAGGUCAGAUACUAAAUGACAAAGACCUAGACGAUCUGAUAGAUGGUCUAGCACAAAAUGGCUUGGAUGAUUAUACACAUUUGUUGACUGGUUAUAUCGGCUCUGCUUCCUUCCUGAAAAGAGUGGCAGUAUUGGUUAAAACAUUGAAAAGCAAAAAUUUAAACCUUACAUAUGUUUGUGAUCCUGUUAUGGGCGACAAUGGGAAGAUGUACGUUCCAGAAGAAUUGAAGGAGAUCUACAAGAAGGAGGUAGUACCGUUGGCAGAUGUAUUAACCCCAAAUCAGUAUGAAUUGGAAUUAUUGACAGACCAAAAGGUCUCUAACAUGACUGAACUGCAAAAUGCAAUUAAAAAACUGCACCAAAUUGGACCACAAACUGUAGCUGUAUCUUCAACUGAUUUUAAUGACAGGUUAACGGCACUAGUCAGCACUGCAAAAGAUAACAUAUUAAUUAAGGUAGACAUUCCAAAAAUACCAGCAACUUUCACGGGAUCUGGGGACCUGUUCGCUGCGUUAUUUCUCGCUCAUUUGUACUUGCAAAGUGAUAUGAAAGCUAUCAUGGAAAAGACAAUAAAUUCCUUAUACAGCGUACUGCUUAAUACUUAUGAACAUUAUAAAGUCUAUGCGGAUAGUGAAAUGCAGCUAGCUAAAAACAUGGAGUUGCGACUCAUACAAAGUAAGAACAGUAUUGAAAAUCCAGAGAUUCGUCUGUUUGCAGAAUCCCUGUAAUAUAUAUAGAGCCGUGGAAAAAA